CUCUCAACAUCUGAUUUUCCUUCUACGUACUUUAAAGAAGCUCUUUUCCUUCUCUUCUUGACCUUGUCGUCACUUCUUUCUACCAAAUUCGCCCGCAAAACAGAUCCAUAAAGCUCAAAAAUGGAGGACAACCCCGCAGAGCACGAUGAGGUCGUGUCUCAAUUCUGUGCUAUGACAGGAACCCAACCCUCAGAGGCUCAGGAAUAUCUCACUGCCAACGGAUGGGACAUGGAAGCCGCCGUGACGGAGUUCUUCGCGGAGCAGGACGAGGCAAUGCAAGACACUAACACUGGUGGCGCUCAACAACUGGGUGCAGAGAGUAGAUCUGGAGCUCCUGGAGGGAGAACCCUUGGUGGAAGUGCUGCACCAGCUUCAUCUUCUGCCGCCGCGGAGUCUUCGUCAUCCGCCCGAAGCGCUGCUCCGAAAAAGAAAUUUGCAACUUUAGGAGACUUUUCUCAGGGAGCAGCUGCCGAUUCUUCAGAUGACGAUGAUGACAAUGAUCAGGAUUUCUUUGCGGGAGGUGAGAAGUCUGGAUUGGCCGUUCAGAACCCUGACGACUUGAAGAAGAAGAUCCUCGAAAAGGCCCGCAGGGCGCAGCCUCCUCCUUCUGACGACCCCGAGCCGAGGGAAUCACAUUUUACUGGCACCGCCCGCACGCUUGGUGGUGACGAUGCACCGAGCCGGGUGAUUGAAAACCCAUCUGCCCCUGCUCCACGGCGUGCCCAGCGUGUCCAACGCACCCUUCACUUCUGGGCCGAUGGAUUCUCAGUUGAUGACGGUGAACUGUUCCGAUCGGACGAUCCCCGGAACGCAGAGAUCCUCGAUGGCAUCCGCCAGGGCCGUGCUCCUCUCUCCAUCAUGAAUGUUGAGCCUGGACAGGAGGUUGAUGUGGAACUCAAACAGCACGAAGAGAAAUACAUCAAGCCCAAGCCCCAAUAUAAACCGUUUUCCGGUGCCGGACAGCGGCUUGGAAGCCCGACGCCUGGCAUCCGAAGCCAGGCCCCCACCCCUUCUUCUUCUACGCCUGAAGCAUCUGCCCAGGAGCCCGCCAAACCCACUGUGGACGAGUCGCAGCCUACCGUUACCCUACAAAUCCGCCUGGGAGAUGGUACGAGGUUGUCAUCUCGGUUCAACACCACCGCCACUAUUGGCGACGUCUACUCGUUCGUAACCGCCUCUUCACCCAGCGCCGCAAACCGCGCAUGGGUUUUGAUGACUACUUUCCCCAGCACAGAGCUGAAGGACCGAGAUGUCGUUCUCGGAGACAUGCCCGAGUUCAAGCGCGGAGGUGUUGUCGUCCAGAAAUGGCAGUGAGCGCCAUCAACAUCCCGAGACUUUCCUUUGUCGGAGUGGUUUUAAAAGCGAAUACCAGGGAAAUGGGACACAUGGGUAAACGUUUUAUGACAUAUCUGAUACACAGGGAAGCAUAAUAGCUAGAUGACUUGGCCACAGUCCAAGCUCCAAUACAAAUAAGUGGCAAAUCAACCCUUUCUGUAGCUGUGAGGGCAUUCCAGGAUUUCCAUAGAAUCUUUAGUCAGAAUGCGAUUGAUAAGCGCAUCCCGAGGUCGGC